AUGAAGCUGAGAACACUUUUGAAAUUGGUUGACAAGGUGAACAUCACCACCGAUAUGUGGACCUCUUGUCAAAAAGUGUCAUCUAUGGUGGUGACUUGCCAUUUUGUGGAUUCAACUUGGUGCCUCCAAAAAAGAAUUUUAAAUUUUUGCAAUGUACCUCCUCCACAUUCUGGUGUUGUGAUUGCUGAUGCAUUAAGGAAUUGUUUUUCUAAUUGGGAAAUUGAGGAUAAAAUUCAUACCAUUACUGUUGAUAAUGCUUCAGCUAAUGACUCUGCAAUUAGAAUUAUAAAAGAUGAUUUUGAGUUGAAGAAUGCUUUGUUGGUUGGGGGUAGGUUGUUUCAUGUUAGGUGUUGUGCACACAUUACAAACUUGUUGGUGCAAUCUGGGCUUGCUGAAAUUAGGGGUAUUAUAGAUGAUGUUAGGCAGGGCAUAAAAUAUAUUGUGGCGUUUGAAAGUAGGUUGAAUGUCUUUAGUGAGAUAGCAAAGAGAUUGCAUUUACCCUGUAAGAAGCUGAUUUUAGAUGUCCCCACACGUUGGAACAACACCUAUUUGAUGUUGGACACUGCAAUUAAGUUUAAAGAAGUGUUCCCUAGGUACCAUAUAGUUGAGCAAGCAUUUCAAUGGGUUGUAACUCCAGAACAAUGGGAAAUGGUGGGUAAUGUGAACCAGGUUUUGUCAGUUUUCAAUUAUGUAACCAAUGUUGUAUCUGGUAGUGAGUACCCUACUGCAAAUCUGUAUUUACCUGAGGUUUGGAGGAUGAAAGAAGUUUUGAUGAUCAAGUGUGAUGAUAGGAAUGAGUACAUGAGGUCAAUGGCAAGUAGGAUGAUUGACAAAUUUGAUAAGUAUUGGGGUGAUAGCAAUUUGUUGAUGUCCAUAGCUGCUGUCUUGGAUCCUAGAUACAAGAUCAAGUUGAUCAAUUUCUGUUUCCCUAUCAUUUAUCCUUUGACCGAAGCUUGUAGUCACAUUAAGAAUGUGUUGGCAGUUCUGAAAGAGUUAUUUGAGUCAUAUAUUUUUGCCAAUACGGCUUGUAUAUUGCAAGAAACUGCCCAAGUAAAUGUUUCUUCUUGUUCUUCCUCAAGUGCAAUUGUUGGAGAUGUGGUGUCCAAAAUUUCUGAAGGUCGAUCAAGGUUUGCUGACCAUAUAAGAAGUAGUGACAUCAUUCGGCCUAUUAAAACAGAUUUGGAUGUUUAUCUUGAAGAGGAUGUCUACAUUUGUGGUAAGAAUGAGAAUAGAGUAUAUAUAGAAACAGAUUUUGAUGCUUUGGCAUGGUGGAAAUGCAAUGCCUUGAAGUACCGUAUCUUGUCUAGAAUGGCAAAGGAUAUCUUGGCUGUUCCCAUAAGUACAGUUGCUUCUAAAUCCUCCUUCAGUGCUAGUGGUAAGGUUAUUGAACCCCAUAGAGCAUCGUUAGCCCCUGACACUGUUCAGAUGCUCUUAUGUGGUUCAGAUUGGGUGAGAGCACUUCAUGGCAUCAAGAGAAAAUCUGCUGGUGAUAAAUUGGUUGAAGUGGAGUUGCCUACAAUUACAACUUCAACUACCUGA